UGUGCAUUUCUCCACUGUGGCAUUCUCAUUUCUCAACAACUAACAACAACAAUGCUAGGCGAGAAACCCUACUUUCCCGUACGAAAUCCCAAACGGAAACAUCACGGUGGUAGAAUUCCGCCGCCUCCGCCAUCUACAGAGGCUUACGUGGAGGAUUUGUCCAACGAUCUGCAUGGACUAAUCUGUCACAGUCUCCGACCACCGCGCUUGAAAUAUAAAUAUGAAAUCGAUGAAAUCGAGCCCGUGCUUGAAGUGACCCGUUUUUGUUUUGACGAAUGGACUCCUCCUCCAGAUAUGAGCAAUGUUGAUGAGAGAAUCUCCGCUCCUGCUGUUGACGAAUGGACUCCUCCUCCAGAUAUGAGCAAUGUUGAUGAGAGAAUCUCCGCUCCUGCUGUUGACGAAUGGACUCCUCCUCCUCCAGAUAUGAGCAAUGUUGACGAGAGAAUCUCCGGUCCCGUGGUUAACAAAUGGACUGUGGAUCCUAUUACUGACAUCCUAAUUCCGUCGCCUUCUUCGAGAUUAGUGGGCGCUGGAAUUGAGAACCUGGGGCAAACUUGUUUUAUGGCUGCGAUUCUUCAGUGCUUAACACAUACGGGACAAUUGUUUCGUGGUCUUCCUUACUCGAGUCAUGACACUCCAUGUCAUGUGAGUGGUUUCUGCGUUAUUUGUGCUUUCCGUGAGCAUAAUGACCGAGCGUUAGACCUCUCUCGAAAAACAAUUUAUCCUAGGAGGUUUUUUCAAAAUUUGAAGUAUUUUUCAGCCGCUUUUAGACAGUUUAACCAGAAUGACGCACACAAGUUUAUGAUAUGCGCCUUGGAUAAACUUAAAGAUGCCUUUCCAAAAGAUCAAAAUAAUCUAAUUGAACAAAUAUUUGGAGGCAAAAUUGUUAGCAAAACUUCGAUGUUGCAGCUGUGGUUUUUCUUGUGAUACCAUUAAACCAAUAUUUGACUUUGGUUUAGCGGUAGAAAACGUGAGUACCGUUCAAAGCGCUCUGGAAUCUUAUAUCAUGGUAGAAAGUAUGGAUGCGAUGUCUAAAUGUAGUAGCUGCAACCAAGAAGUAUACAUGGAGAA